UUCAGUGUGCGAACCUUGGUAGUUGUGUUGGCUGUCAAAGUCGAAAGGAAUAGAGUUACCUUUUCUGAGCUGAGACAAGGAAAUAUGACUAUUAGAAGCAUUCACGCUUUGAUAUUUAGUUUAUGUCAUGUCCUCCCAUCGAAUUGUUUGGUGUGUACAGACCCAAGAGACUUACCACAGUUUACCGACAAUGUGACAGCUACAAGUGAACCGUUUCGGACAUUCAAGGGUAUUGGUCCUCUGCAGUGUGUUAAGGAGUGCCUACUGAGGACACAUUGUAGGAAUAUCUCCUACAACAUCACGACUGCUACCUGUGCUCUUCACAAGUCCGAUACUGUGAUAACUGGAGGUGAAGGUGAGAGUGAAUUAUACAGUGACGUCACUUCCUGGCCUCAAAGGAUGGCUGGUGAAUGCGCUCAUCACGACUGCCCCCUGAACACAAUAUGUCAGCCUCAUGAAGAUAAAUACAGUUGUUAUACACCUGAAUGUCUACCUCCAGCUUCAGUAACAGAUUCUGAUCCAUUGUUUGUUGAAAACAACUCUUUGACCUACCCAGUUGGCGAGGUAGUGGAGUACAGAUGUCAUGCUGGACAUUUACCUGUUGGCAAACGUCAAUGUCGUGAGGAUGAAACCUGGUCACCUUUCAUUUGUCGUAAAAUACAAAGAUGUGUUCAACUAUCAACAUGCAAUUCCUCUUACACAGUUGAUGAAUACUGGCUAUUUAAGGAUGAUGAUGGGUAUAGCAAAGUAAAGAUGUAUUGCAUCAAGGGAACGAAGAAUUGGACACAGUAUGUGAGUUUGUUGGAUAACUACACCUCGGUCAUGGCAGGACCACCAGAAACAUGUCAUGUCCAGUAUGACAGCGACACAGUUGUGUAUGGAAAACAGACUUUAUCAAAGAUUGCUGCUAAUGAUAAGGAAAUACGCCAAUUUGCCCGCCGCAUAUUUCAUGAAGGCGACACCAAAUAUCCACCUCUGGUCACUGGGGAUUGCAGCAUGGAGAAACAACUCUGUGAUGUUGGCCCAAGUUUCUUCAAACUCAAUCUCACCGGAACUGGACUCAUUGUGGAUGUUGUUGGAGACUGGGUUGUCUCAGGGGAAGGGUCCAUCAACGUCACGAUAUCUGAGGACAGUCGCAUCAUAGAGGGAACUUGUAAGGGAAGAUGUGUUUUGUGUUAUCUGGAAGGGAAUGUUAACCUUAAAGUAGAUCCAGCUUAUACUCCUCCCUUGGAGAGUGCCAUCAUGCCAGUCUGUGACCAGGACCUGUGAUCCGUACACAGUAGCAAUCUGAUACUUUAACUGCUGAAAGUUAUUGGGAAUCAUUCUGUCGGCGGAAUCCCCAACUUUUUAAGUUAACUUGUCUGGAUCUAUGAAGUAGUAACAUCAUUGGCUUACGGUAUGAGUUCCGCAAACUGUAUGUUAGAUUAUUGGUGACAAGGGUGCGUGGUCCGAAACAAGCAUAUCGCUAUGAUCGUGGCAUUUCUGUAUUGCAUGUAUUGAGUUAGAAUAGCCUGAGCGGAAAUAUCGUAGAUCACACAUUCAUUACCCUUUGAUCG